CUCCGAUAACAGCUGAUGUCUUCGUUGCGCGUUGGUUUUGGUUGCUGUCCUGACAUAACGCCGAAGUAUUUAAACUACUGAAUUUAUGAGUUAAACUGCAGCUGAAAUGAUAUCAACAACAACGAGAUGCAUGCUGCGUGGCUUGGUCAUGGCACGGAGUCCGGCCCGCCUGUUGUUGCAUCGUCAUAUACGCACCUUGCCAGCGCUGCCCGCGAAAGUUUUUGUCGAUUAUGAGAAUCAGUACGCACACAGUAUUCUCUCGGAAUCCUUGAAACCGUAUCAGCUUGUACGCUCCAGUGAUAGCCCACAAACAGGUACAGCUGAUUUUGCCGCGCCCCAGCAUGUGCUUGUGCCUAAAAGGAAUGCGCAACCGGAUGAAUUGUACGCAGAUUUGCUGGCGCUGAUACAGCAUUGCGCGCACACGGGCACCCAGAUCAGCGAGGAGCGUUUUACAGAUUUCAUAGGCGCCUUGUGCGACGAGCUACAUAAAUUUAGCGACGAGCAGCUGCUGGGUGUGCUGCGCGGCCUGCAACAGCUGCCGACGCCGGCUUCCACGAAGGUGGCCAAUUACAUGGAGCUGUGGAAUACCUUGGACAUUGAGUGUUGUCGCCGCAUCGAGCGCUGGUCCAGCGCACAAUUGCUGCUGGUCAGCGAUGGCUGGUACCAGUUGGGUCUGGCGCGGAUUGGUGAAUUUGUGUGGCAAGCUCUGCGCAAGCUUGGUCGCAAGAUACGAAAAAUGCCGCCAGCUCAGCUGGUGCAGUCCAUGUUUCUGUGCAACCUGCUGCGUCGCCCGGUGUUCGAGAUGUUUGACUUUGAACAAAAUCUGGCGCAGUGCGUAGACCAAAUGACGCUUCAGGAGCUGGGCAUCAUGGCCAUGGGCUUCUUCAAAACACAGACGCCCAUACGCAAUCCCGAGCUGUUGCAGCAGCUCUACACGCGCCUGCAGGCGCAGCUGGACAGCGUCGAGGACAUUACACUGGUCGCACUGCUCAAGGUGUUGCGCUACAGCAGCAAGUUGCCGCAGGUGGAAGCACUGGGUAAACUUCUGGUGGCGCUGCAGCCGCAGGUGGAGCGCGUCUCGUUGAUGUCCUGCCUGCACAUGGCGCUGCUUGGCUGCGAACUGCAGACCUGCAAUGAUGAACUUGUCGAACGCAUUCUGUUGCGCUUCGAGCGCGAACUUGAUGCAACACGACUCAAGGAUCUGGAGCGCAUUUGUCUGGUCAUAGCACUGUUCAAUCUGAACACCGCCAGCGGCGUCGAGCAGCGCCUGGUGAAGCGUUUGCCGGACAUGCUGCGCGGCCGCAUCGAUGAGAUAGUGCGCUAUCCUCGCUGCUACUCCAACUGCCUGCAGUUUCUCAGCAUGCGCGGCAUUUACGAUGUCGAACAGCUGAGCGUUGCCCUCGAGCCGCGCUUCCUGCGCCAUGCCUAUCGAAGCGGCCUGCCCGGCCGCGAAUACUUCCAUCUGGACAGCUUUGCUCAGCUGCUGGGCUCUGGCUACGUAGGGCCACGGCUCACCGAGCGGCAACGUCAACAGAUGGGCAAAUUGUAUACACAGUAUAUACCGGAUCGAGCGAAAAUCCAAUACAAGCUCAACAGCACAGAUCGCAUUCUCCUGGAGAUUCGCGAUGCUGUGGGCAGUCUGCUGCGCACCACAGUCAGUCUGAAGCAUAUACUGCCCCACUACGAUCGCUGCGAUCUAAUUGUAUGCUACGAUCGACAACAGCGAUGCGCUGUAUCCCUAGAUGCCAGCUGUCCGGAGGACUACAGCGGUGUUCUGCUUACGCGGCAGCAUCUGCUCGGCGCCAGGGCAGCAACACACAUGGACACGCUGAUCAUUACGGUCGCCGGCUGGAAUAAUGUCAUACGCGCAAAGGAUCGUUACACGGGACAGUUUGCCAUGAAGCUGCGACAACUGCAGCAGCUGGGACACAAGCCUGUCGUGAUCUAUUGGCAUGAGUGGCGCGAACUGGAAACGGCCGCGGAUCGGCAGGACUUUUUAAAGCGUCGUCUCCGCCAGGCGGCCAAUAUCUGAAUGACCGCAGCGACGAGUGCAGCUGGGCAGCACAUAUGGAUAUGGAGCUCAGCAAUAUCAUACUAAUGAUAUUAGUAAUUAUAGCGAUAAUAAUAAUAAUAAUAACAAAGGCAACAGAAUCGGAAAUCGUUUGCAAUGGAGCACUGGCAGCAGCGUGAGCGUAAAUUUUUUUUUUUUUGUUUUUUUUUUUUUUUUUGGUUUUUUUUUUUUUUUUUUAAUGAUAACCGCCCGCGGUCACGCCCACGCCCACGCCAGUCUCAAAUGUCACAGGUCACAGUCACAUCGCCCCAUGGAGAGCCUUCUUGGUAUACUCGUAGACAACGAACAGGGUGGCCGUGGCCGGAAUGGUGCGUAGUACUGAUGGCAAUAGUCCGCGAUAUAGGGCCAAUACGCCCUCUCGUCGAACAAUUUCCGCACCGACACUGAACAUGCCCUCAUUGAGGUUCUUCACCUGAAUGCGACUCUUUAUGACAUCUGCUGGGAAUGUUGAUGUCCACAGACAAACACCGCCAAUGGCCCCGGCAACCAUUGUCUUAAACGGCCCAAUUUCAUCCUUUGUCUGAUCCUUACUGUCAUUGAUCAAUUUAUAUAUUAAUUAACGCAUUCACGCAUCCCACAAUAUAUACUCACCCGCGCAACAGCUCACGUGUGCCCUCGUAGCUGCCAAAAAAAAAGAAAUAGCCGGGCAUCUCGCGUAUAAAUGUGGAGCCCAAUCCACGAUAAAACCCGCGUAUGCCUGUAAGAAACAGCACGAGAGGGAGAUUGAGAGAGAGAGAGAGAGACAUCAAAGCGCAUAAGAGAGAGAGAGAGAGAGAGCUUAAUGUGAUUCUCAAGUGCGUGACGGAGGAUGGAAAAUAACAGUGAUUCGCACGUGAGGCCCGUGCUCUAUUAAUAGACUACAUCAAGUAACCCCCAUGUGGAGUAACCCUGGUCGUGACGCUGCUUAUCAGUGGCUGGCGUGCCAGGCGCGUAUGAAAGCGGACAAUCACAACAAUUUUGAAAACCGAAUCCCCACCCCUCCAAAUCCGGGCAAUAUAUAUGUGAGGCCGUUACAAGUGCACCAUAACAAGUUUUUUAGUCAAUCAAUCAAAAAAGAUUCUGUAAAAUUUCCACUUGACUGAUAAGAGCCAAACAUCAUUUCUACAUAUAGGAACUAUCACUAGCCAUAAGAGAUGCAAAAACAUUUUCAAGAACUUCAUAAAUCCAGGCGAAAACAUGGCAUAUCAAGUUGCUAUUAUAAUAUAUUGGAUUAAUCAAAAGUAAGAAAAAAAAAAUGAUAUGGCUUUUAUCAGUUUUACAAAUUUGUACGUGUACAAAGAUUACGCGUAUUUAUGACUAAAUCUCAAGAACUCUACGGAUAAAAUGCGUUCCUACACAUAUAUAUGAUAUAGAAGUAAGGUUCAUUUUUCGAUUCAGCAUGUUGUCGCAGCAUUUCGUUAAACAAAUCAAUCGGAGCUAAUUGAAAUUGGGAAUAUGCUAAUUUUUAAAGGCGCUAUUAUUUGAAUUAAAAAUGUUUUAGAACUUGUUCUUGAAAAGCUAAUCAAAUUAUGAAUUUGAGUUACAACGAGAACUUAUUUCUGGAAGUUAGUUUAUUUAUUCUAAUAAUUUUAUAUAUUCGAAAUCAACUGGAUUUAAAUGCAAUUCACCAAGCAGAUCUAAUUUCUGGCCUGGUCUAAAUUAUAUGGCAAAUUUGUAUCUAUCGAAAGCCAAACUUAUUAAUCGAAUCGAACUAUUUGAUACUUUUGGAUUAGUCUGGCAACGCCGACGACCGUCAAGUAAACACGCAGCUGAUUACUUUGGUGCAGCGUAUCUACAGUGUUCGCGAUUAAAUGUGAAUUAUGAAGCAACGGAGAGCAAUAACAUCGAGAUAUGCAGCACAUAAUCUAAUCAACAAGC